AUGUCUGAUACCCCAGGGUCGUCAAAAGCCAUCGGCAGUCUUGUGAAAAAGCAAAGCGAUGUAACGAGGCAAGGCGCCCAAAAACUCAAGUUUGUCCCGACUCUGCCACAAAGACGCAAAAAAGGGUAUGAACCCACAACUCCAGCAAUCCCCCCUCCAUCGACCUCCACAGACAGAGGGCGUGGACGUGGAAGAGGACGCGGAGAUGCUAGAGGUAGAGGGAGGGGUAGGGGGGCCCCACCUGUAAUAGAAAUGACUGCGAGCGGCCCUUUCGCCAUGGGCCCAGCACUUGUUGGCAAUAAUUCUCGAAGAUCUACCCCUCGCUCAAGUUUUACUCCAACUGUUGCACCCGGAGCGUCUGUCUCGAUAGGAGCGAGCCUUUCUCAAACUGCCCCACCCUCGCUGAAGAAGGAUUCAACUGAUUCCGCCAAGGGGAAGGGGAAAUCUGUCAAGGUUGACGAUGAUGAGGAAGUUUACUCCGACCCUGACGAGGGUGUCGAGAUUGUUGAUAUGGAAAAUGUCCGCUAUAUGGAUUUUAUGGCACCAGAAAGUUUACGGAAAGAACAACGGUUAAAAAAGGUUAAAAAGGAGGAACAAUCACAGGAACUUGGCACCGGUGAUGUCAAUCUUGCUAACGCAAUUGAUCUCAGUGAUAGUGAGCAGGAGGAAGAACUAGAAGAUAUAAUAGAGGACUUUGCUGCUCAAAUCAGCUCUGACGCGGACUCCGCGUUACGAGAAGAGCGAUUAUAUUUCUUCCGGUUCCCAUCUCCCUUCCCAACGUACUUGCCGGGCUUGGUGGAUCCUUCUCCAAUUUCGGUCGACGUGGAAAUGCCAGAUGCUGCCGCGGCGAAGAGCGUCACAUUUGCUAUAGACGUCAAGCCCCCCAGUCCUACUCCUAGCUCAUCAAGAUUAACUCCCUCAGUGGUUGCUUCCGAUCCGGCCAAACCAGAAGCUCUGGACGGAGUCAUUGGGCAGCUUGAGGUUUAUCGAAGCGGAGCUGUGAAGAUCCGUUUAGACAACGGCAUUCUCCUUGACGUCAACUCGGCCACCCAGCCCUCCUUCCUCCAACAGGCUGUCUUUCUAAACAUGAACGAAAAGAGGCUCAAUGUGCUCGGUGAAGUCAAUAAACAAUUCGUUGUGUCCCCCAACGUUGAUGCUCUUCUCUCGGCGAUGGAAUUGGCGGACGCCGCGCCAUCGACUAUUGAAAGUGAGGAGGGUUUGAUCAAGAUGGAUGUUACCUAG